AUGGCGUCAUAUUUUUCUUCAAUUCUGUUCCAUGCAAUGGAUUGUAUUGGAUUCUCCAGACAAAUGAUUCUACUAAGAUCAGAUAUAGCUAACAAUAUGUAUGAAACAGUAAGCGAAAACUGUGCAGAAUAUCUUUGCAUGGAAGUAAUACUCGCUGGAAGUAAAUCGGAGGGAGUAACUCAAACGAACGCAAGUGACAAUGAUCUUAUGCUUGUUCUAAGAAAAUGUAUCUGUGUAGAUACAGGUCGUCAGGAAAAUGACUUCAUCGUCCUUGAAGCAAUAACAAAAGACUGUCCUCCUGGCUAUACACAGUUACGUCUUGUGAAUGAUGGAAAUAUGGACAUCCCUGAUAUAUUUUACAUGGCAUCUGAAUAUGACAUUAUUAAAGGUGUUCUUUUAUUAAAAAGCGCUGGGUUUCACAAGUUCUUUACUCUUGUUAGCGCAGAUAUUCCUUCAUUUGACGGACUCGAGCAAAAAUAUACGGCUAUAAACGGGCCAGCAUUCUCUAUGAUUGUUGAGCGAUCGAAUUACCUUGGAAUCAAAUCAGCUAAAAUCUAUAACGACCACGUGCUUGCAAUGCCCUAUUAUUCAUUCACAAUUCUGACAGAGUGGAAAAAUCGUGUCAGACAUUACGAAUGGCCGCCUGCAAGUUUGAUACACGACGUGUCAACUAUGGAAGGCUUUGUAGUCCCAAUAGGUCAUAAACUUAGCGAAGAACAGCACUUUGAAUGGAGAAUAUGUUACACUACAGCUGAACGGCAGUUGAUAACUAGUUUAAAUGAGACGCAGCUGAAACUGUAUAUUGUGAUUAAAAUGGUGAACAAAAAUGUCAUUAAACCAGUGCUUGAUUGCGUCACCUCAUAUAUGCUUAAAAAUGUUAUUCUAUGGGUAACGGAAUGUUCGCCCCUAUGUAUUCAACAUUCUUCUUAUCUUACCCGUUUUAUGAUACAAAGUUUAUGGUUCCUGUUACAUUGUUUGCUUAAUAAUCAUCUCCCAAAUUACAUGAUACCAUCUCGAAACCUCUUACUCGGAAAGAUGAAAAGUGAUCAAAAGCAAACACUUACUCGAUUAUUAGGUGAUCUGAUAAACGAAGGGGACACAAUAGUUCUCAGGUGUGAUAAACUAAAAAAUGCUAUGUUUAUUUUGGUCAGUAAUCAGUCACUUGCAUUUGCAUUUAAAGUUUGGCGUGAUGAAGUCGAAAAACUGAUUCUUGAAAUUAAUAGAAACAUUACGAUUAAGACACGACCGGAUAUGAUAUUGCGGUCAAGUUAUAUUUAUGAUAUGUGCUAUGAAUAUUGGAAAGAUGAGUCUUACAUGGUAAAUAUCUUUCGUUUAUAUUCCCUGCUGAAUGUAGACAUCUUUUCACUGACUCAAAACGGCAUACAGAAUUUUCAGGACAUAGUCACGUGUCUGGAUAAUUUGUUGUCAUGA